CACACUGAAAACAGAGCAAGAUUAAAGCAUACACAUUCCAAUACAAUAUUACUAUUGAUCCACGGGUUGUUAUAUUAUCAAAAGCUUAACUGCAAGAGUGUACACUGUUUGGACAUUCAAUUUAGUUGAAGAUUACAUUUUUCAGCAACAAAAGAUAGUUCUUUGCAACGAUUUAGGCAGAUAAAUUUGACAUUUUAAAGCCAUUUUUAAGCAUUGUUAAUAUCAAGGAAGCAACAUCACAGAUUCACAAACAGCACAGAGAUAUCAUCUUGAACUGUUAAGUUAUUCAACAAGGAAACUGAAAAGACAAAUUAUCAGAGCAGUGAAGUGUAGUUAACUGUGCGUGUGGAAAUAGAAACAUUUUGUUUGAAUUCCUAAAAACAAGAAAAGAAGCAAAAGCAAACAUGGCUGGUUGCGGUGUUGAAAUCGACGAAGAAAUUCUGGAUGUGAACAAUCCAGCGAUUCAGAUGGUGAAGAAUUCACUGAAAGACGUGACAAUGAAACAGGGUCUUCAUCAGCUACUCGCCGCCAUCAUGAAGAUGGUUCCCCCUCACAUCGAGGAUCAACUUAUUGAGAACAUUGUGCAGCCAUUCAUUCUACGGGAUGAAGACUACAAGAAGCUCAUGGACGUCAUGUUGGAAAACUUCACACGCGGGCUGCGCAAGGACACGAACCCGACCGCUAAGGUCAAGAUGUUCCAGACCUAUGUCAAGUCGGUGCCUGAUGGAACCGAAUGCGGUGAUUUCCUAGCGCUGGACCUCGGAGGCACAAACUUCCGCGUGCUGUUGAUCUCCCUGGAUGGACAGGAAGUUAAGAUGGAGAGCAAGAUCUACCUGAUACCCCAGAAUAUCAUGCUGGGAUCUGGCACACAGCUGUUUGACCACAUCGCUGAGUGCAUCUUCAAGUUCAUGAAGGACCACAACCUCAUGGAGAAGGUGUUGCCCCUGGGGUUCACAUUCAGCUUCCCCUGCAAACAGGUUGGCCUUGACAAGGCCAUCCUUACGACCUGGACGAAGGGGUUUAACUGCGCGGGCGUUGAAGGAAAUGAUAUCGUACAGCUUUUGCAUGAUGCCAUUGAGAGACGUGGGGACAUCAAGGUCAACUGCAUGGCUGUGAUCAAUGACACGGUGGGGGCUCUCAUGUCCUGCGCACACAGUGACAACCACUGUGCUAUAGGACUCAUCCUUGGAACGGGUACAAAUGCCUGCUACAUUGAGAGACUGGAGAACGUGGAACUGUGGGACGGGGACUGGGAGGAACCCCAGCAGGUGAUCAUCAACACGGAGUGGGGAGCCCUUGGAGACGACGGUGCCCUGGACUUCAUCAUGACCGAAUACGACAGAAAGGUGGACAGGCACUCCAUAAACCCCGGCAAACAAGUAUAUGAGAAGAUGAUAUCUGGCAUGUACAUGGGUGAGAUUGUGCGACUGGUCCUCGUCAAGUUGUGUAAGCACGGUCUCAUCUUUCACGGACGAGGGUCGGAGGAGCUGAAAACCAUGGGACGAUUCUACACGAAAUACGUGUCAGAAAUUGAGAGUGACGUUGAUGAACAUUUCAAGAACACAAAACAAGUAUUUGAGGAGUUGGACAUCAAGAAGUAUAAUGACGAGGACUGCCGUAUUGUGCAACACGUUUGCUGUCUCAUCUCCACGAGAGCUGCCUACCUUGCAUCUGCCGGCAUUGCUUGUCUUUUGAACAAGAUGGGUCGAGAGGACGUGGCAGUGGCAGUUGAUGGGUCGCUGUACCGCUUCCACCCACAUUUCCACGACUUGAUGAUGGAGAAAACUGAGCAUCUCGUCAACCCAGGCAUCAAGUUCCGUCUUAUGCUGUCUCACGAUGGCAGUGGAAAGGGAGCCGCCUUGGUUGCCGCGGUUGCACACAGGGUUGAAGAAGAAAAGAAAAAACAACAACAACCACUGGCCCGCGGUGUGAAGGAUCUAAACUUAAACUCGAUUCGGUUAAGUAACGUACGUACACGUCACAUGAGGCGUUUUUUUCGCGAAAAGACUUUCAACGCGGAAACACCAACAAUACCAGGCAUCAGUUUUGUCAUGUCGGCCACUGACCUGUCAGCCAUGGGAGCCACACGGGCCCGCCCCUCCCUGACGUCCCACGGAUCCCGAGGGUCCAUGAUGCAGAAGCAGGUGGGGGGUCUCUCGCUGGAGCAGGUGAAGGAGAACCUGCUGGGCAUCCUGGCGGAUAACACAGACUAUGUGGUAAAUAACAUCAUUGAGCCAUUCUGUCGUCCACAUGAAGAGUACUGUCGUAUCCAACAACUGCUGCUGGAGAAUCUGGAGCGUGGCCUUGACCCGGUGUCACACCCAACUGCUCCCGUUAAAAUGUAUCCUACCUUUGUGAGAGAUAUCCCUAACGGGACAGAGAAGGGACAGAUGCUGGCCCUGGACUUUGGUAGUCACCAUCUGCGUCUGGAGUUGGUCACCCUUGACAACGGCUCAUGCACAGUGGACAGUCAAAAUGGAUUUGUUCCAGAAACAUUGCUCACUGAUGGAACAGGAGAGCAGCUUUUUGACUACCUCGCAAAAUUCCUUCACCGCUUUCUGAAGCAACGGAAGCUCCUGAACAGGAGCGACCCCAUUCCAUUGGGGUUCACAUUUGCCUUUCCCUGUGUCCGAUUAGCGUUGAAUCGCGCUGUGCUCACCCAUUGGACAAAAAAUCUUCACUGUGACGGGGUCGAAGGUCAGGAGGUGGUGGCUAUGUUGGAAGAGGCAAUCACGAGGAAAGGGGAGAUGAACGUUGUUGUUGAUGCUGUUGUGAAUGACACAGUGGGGACGCUAAUGUCUGGAGGGUUGGACGAUCCAACUUGUGCGAUAGGACUCAUCCUGUCUAAAGGGGUCAACGCCUGCUACAUGGAACAGCUGGACAGGGUCGGGACAUGGACUGGGGAUACCGGCGAACCCAAACAGGUUGUCAUUGACACCGAGUGGGAAGGGUUUGGGGCAGACGGAUGUCUGGAGUUCUUCAUGACGUUGUAUGACAAGGAACUGGAUGAGCAUUCCAAACGUCCUGGGAGGUACAUUUAUGAGAAGAUGAUAUCCGCCCAGAACUUGGGUGAGAUAGUGCGGCUGGUGCUGAAGAAGCUGCAUGAUGACGACAUCAUGUUCCAGGAGCACUGGACCGAAGAAAUGGACACCAGGGGGCGCUUCUACACGAAAUACAUCUCCGAGGUGUUGAGCGACGAGGACAUUCGGUUCCAGAAAACCCGUCAUGUGUUUGAGGACCUCCAUCUGGGACAUGCAUCAGAGAUCGAGUGUCGUGUGCUACACCAUGUGUGUCAGAUAGUGUCCACUCGGGCUGCUACUCUUACUGCUCUUGGUUUGGCGACCCUUAUUGAUCGCGUGGCGAAGAACGAAGUGGGCGUGGCAGUAGAUGGCGCUCUCUAUCGCUAUCAUCCGACCUUCAAGACCAUGCUGGAACAGAAGAUUCCCUUGUUCCUGAAAAAGGACAAAAUGUUUCGUCUGGUCUCGGCUGCAGACGGCAGUGGUCGUGGUGCAGCCCUGGCGGCAGCAGUUGCAGAAAGGAUAAAGGGAAACCACUGCGCUCUGAGCACUGACAUACCAAAUACGGGUGACAAUGCCCACACUGACACACCAAAUACGGGUGACAAUGCCUGUACAGCUGAAGAGGGGAACAAGACCCCAGAUGCCUCUGUGGUCAAUCAAAUGUCUGAUGCAAAGUGAGAUUGUGAAGAGAGAAAAAAUUAGAUCUUAAAUCUUAUACUGCCUGCGGAAAAUAUAUGAUUGGAUUUUCACCAAAAAGAAAAAAGAGUUGGAAGUAAUAUCAGGUAUUGCCAGCUGCAAUAUGUGUUAUGGUUUUCAAGAAGACACAAAAUGACAAAAAAGUUGACAAUGGUCAUGUAUUUUAAUUCUUCAAAUCAUUAAGAAAGCAAUUAAUACUGAAUUAUUUUGAUAUUCUUGUAGUGCACAUAGGAAUUCCUGAAUAUAAAUGACUGGAACUGCACAAGUCAACCAUAGUUUUGUGUACAACUUUGUUUCAACAUUUAUUUAAAAAAUAAUGUUUGGCUUUAUUACAAUCACGAUAGAGACAUUCACUCCCUUUGUGUAGUUGACAAUUUUCUUUAAAUAAUAUAAUUGUAAAUUUGAUAGUUUAAAGCCCUUGUUCACAAAUACCUUAGAAAUGUAAACCCCCUGUCCAUAAAUACUAAAAUUUGUUAAAGCCCGUAUCCACAAAUACUUUAGAAUUUUAAUUUCCAUACAUACCGGUACUUACAUUUUAAAAGCCACUGUCUGCAAAUGAAUUUCAUCUUUAAAGCCCCUGUCUGCAAAAACUUUACAACUUUGAAGCCCCUGUCCUCAAAUACAUUACAAUUUUGUAGCCUCUGUCCAAAAAUCCUUAAAAUGUACAGCCCAUGUCUACAAAUAUUUUACAAUUUUAAAUCCCCUGUCUACAAAUUCUUAUCUUUUUAAAGCCCCUGACCACAACUAUUCAACAUUUUUAAAGCCCCUGUCCACAACUAUUCAACAUUUAUAAAGCCACUGUCAACAGGUACCUAAAAAAACUUUUUUAAUUGUUUUUAUCUAAAUGAAAAUUUAUAGGACAAAAUUACAAAAAAAUACAUUAGAGUCAGUAAAAUUAUAACGUUUUGGUAUGUAUCUUAUAAGUAAAGUAUGCAUAUCGUUCCCAUCAGGCAUCUUUGACAAAUAAACAUUUGAGCCUCGCACUGUGAAAAGGGGGUUUAAUGCAUGUGAGUUAAGUGUCGUCCCAGAUUAGCAUGAGCAGUCUGCACAGGCCAAUCUGGGACAAAACGAUCCGCUAAAACUGGAUUUUUCUAAAAAGAGACCUUAUUUAAACGAAAAAUAUCACAAAAGUGGAAAGUGUCGUCCUUGAUAAGCUAGUGAGGACCUUUUGUGACAACUUAUGCUUGAUUAGCAUGGAUAACAUGUUUGUCUGUGGUUAGGGGCAACUUAUGCUUGAUUAGCAUGGAUAACAUGUUUGUCUGUGGUUAGGGGCAACUUAUGCUUGAUUAGCAUGGAUAACAUGUUUGUCUGUGGUUAGGGGCAACUUAUGCUUGAUUAGCAUGGAUAACAUGUUUGUCUGUGGUUAGGGGCAACUUAUGCUUGAUUAGCAUGGAUAACAUGUUUGUCUGUGGUUAGGGGCAAUUUAUGCUUGAUUAGCAUGGAUAACAUGUUUGUCUGUGGUUAGGGGCAACUUAUGCUUGAUUAGCAUGGAUAACAGGUUUGUCUGUGGUUAGGGGCUUUCAAACAACUCAUACUGAGAUUGCUUUGAUAAAGAUGUGUUUGAGCAGGCUGAUCAGGGUCCUCACAAUUACUACUAUGCAAUUUUCCGGAUUUUGAGACAGAAGUAGCAGACUUGUGUAGCAGACAAUAUGGGAGUGUUUUUAUCUGGAUUUCCAUAUAUAAACUGUUUUAUAUGGAUUUGUGUUUAACUUAAAUACUCAUUCUUUGUAAGUUUUAUUAGUAUUAUUUUGGUGCUUAAAAUGCGCUUUUAAUUGGUAUAGCUUGGGCAUUAAAUGGAUGGAAGUUUCAUAAUAUGGAGCAAUUUUUCUGGUCUAUAAACUUGAAAAAAAGUUUGUGUUAUAUAGUCAUAAAUUGUGUAAGUAGUAAAUAUACUGACAUGUGCUGCGGGUAAUAAAAAUGUAUACUCCUUAACAAAUAGGGCAUGUAUUAUUGUCCCCUACCGGUUUCACCGGAGGGGACUUAUGGUUUGCGCUCUGUGUGUCCGUCACUCUGUCAGUCUGUCAGUCUGUGAGUCUGUCACACUUUUCUGGAUCCUGCGAUAACUUUAAAAAUUUCUUAAUAUUUUUUCAUGAAACUUGAAACACGGAUAGAUGGAAAUAUGGACAUUAUGCACAUCAUUUCAUUUUGUUCCUAUGUAAAAAAAAUUAUGGUUACUAUGGCAACAAAUAUUUUUUUUAUAUAUAUUUCUGACAAUGGUGGAGCCUGUAAGGGACAUAUAUUGCUUGGCACUAGUCUUGUUAUUAAAACUUCGGUGUUAAUUUUACUAUAUGAUUCAGUCUUGGUUGUGUGUAUGUUGUUGUACUUCCAAUGUCGUCUAGUUGUUCUGUUUUGAAUAUUUGUAUAGUUUUGGUUGUCUUGGUUUAUUCUACCAAUGGUGGUAAGGAAUAUUAUGACUGAAAACCCCCCAAAAUAACCACAAAUGUUGAUGAUCUGAAAAUCAACCUGACCGUCCUAUUUAAACAUUUACCAUGAUUUUAAAAACAUGAAUUAAAUACGAGAUUUGUUUAACCCAUUUAUGCCUAGCGUCGAGAAAAAAGGCCUUGGCAAACAGAGUAGACCCAGAUGAGACGCCGCAUGAUGCGGCAUCUCAUCAGGGUCUGCACUGUUUGCUUAAAAGAAUUUCUGUAAGAAAUAUUCUAAAUAUAGAAAUAAAUAUACUAGACAUCCCUAAUUUUGGAAAUAAAUUGAUCCAAUUUAGAAGGAUGGGAGAGUCCACUAGGCAUAAAUGCGUUAAUGUACCAAAAAGUAUUCAUUUUACUUUUUUUUGUACCAUUUUAGUCUGUGAUUGUUCGCUGGAAUUAUUGUGUAGGUACGAUUGGUAUGGUAUGAAAUUGUUUGUAUGUUUGGUUGUUUGAUCAGUUCAUGUAUGGAUGUAUGUGCCAUAUCUCAUAUACCAGUGCCAUAUAUUAUAUCUAAUAAAAUAACCAAUUGUAUAUUGAUUGUACAUGAUUGUUUGUUUGUUUUCCAGUCAAGUUAACUAGCAAGAAGAUAACAAGAUUUCAAUACCAAAUUUGUAUUGGAAUCAUUAAAAACCGUGGAUGAAUUUACUGAAUGAGUUACAUGAAAUAUUUGUAAGUAUUUGCAAACACGUGUAUUUAGAUGUUCAGAUAGUUUUGAAUGUUAGAUUUAUCUCUAGUUGUGUUGCAUUUCUAGUUGCAUGUAUCACAUGUAGUGUUAUUUUAUGAUAUGCUUCAUUUGGAGAUAAUUUAUUUGUAUAUUUGCAGCUUAACUAUGUAAAAGCCCAGGCCUUUUGACCUUCAUACGCUGCGUGUAUACUUGUCAUUGAAAUGACAUCUUAUCUGAACCCGACCCCUCUCCCCCAAGCUUCAAAGGAAUGAUCCCUGGAUGAUCCUUUUUCAAAGUUAAUAUACCAAAACAUGGAUUUUAAAAUUUGAAACUUAAAAAUAAAAAUCCUGUGUGAAACCCUAAGAGUCGGGGGUUAAUUAUUUGUUGUGUAAGCACAUUAAGUGGUCCCCUACUAUGUUUGUUCACUCAUGCCCCUCCACGGGUCAUAAAUAGCCAUGGCCAUGGGGUCAAAUUAUUUUUAUUACUAGAACAAUCUCUGAAGGUUUUAUAAUUGAUGUUUACAAUCAUAUGGUGGCUCUUCCCAUAGACUGGUGAAUAAUGCCAUUGGUUCAAAAUCCAUGCCCCAUGACACAGGUUUAGACUUUUUCAGUUCCAAGAGAUAUUAAUGUGUUAAAAAAUGUCACAAUUAUUUUUAUCAUUUAUUAGGUUUUGUUUCAUGUUGUAUUUUCACAUGAUAUAUUAUCAAUAACAUUAUUUGUAUUGCCUAUGAAUGUUUUCUUUAUAUUCAUCAGGGAGCGGAUAUUGACAGGAGUUGAAACGAGUAUUUGACCCUUACUGUAGUCAAUUCAAAUUUAUGCAAAAAUUAAUCAACCGGUUUUAUUGAUUUAUACGUUAUCUUGUUGCUUAUUAAUUCCUCUUUCAAAAAAAUAUAACUUUUAGUAUA